AUGCUUACAGAUCCACGCUACGAUGAGUGGUUUCGCCUCCGCGAUUUCGAACUCGACCGCUUCGUUAAAGAGCACACAUUUGAAGAGAACGUUGCCUGUCUACUCUUUUUCCUUGGUUCGCAGGGUGGUUAUAGAGAAACCACAGCAGCAUUUGCUGUAUCCAAGUCUUGGACUGUCGAAUUAAUUGGCAUUUUUCUCGCUCGUAUACAAGCUGCCUUUGAAGCUAAAGGCAGAAUUCCCGGCGUAGUAGGUGCUAUCGAUGAAUCGUUGGUGGAGAAUAACAGGUCGGACGACUUCGAAGGAUAUUUUUGUCGGAAGAUGCACCCAGCUCUUAUCGUACAAGCUGUUGUCAAUGAUAAAAUGCAAUUUAUGAGCACCGAGAUUCGUCCUGGCUCAUGGUCUGACCAAAAUGCAUGGCGCGCGUCUGCAUUGGGCUCUAGAAUUGACAACUACUUGCCUACUGGAACCCAUUUUCUUGGAGACGCAGAUUAUGCAAUCUGCCCUGCAAUUAUGACGCCUUUUGUGGGUAAUACCGGCGAGUGUCUGACGCGGAAGCAGCUCCUGUACAACUAUCAGCAUUCGCGAUCACGAAUCGCAGUUGAAUGCAGUUUUGGCCUUUGGAAAGGUCGGUUUCGUAUUGUGAAAUGUCGUCUCAACACUAAAAGCGUUGAGAAGGCCGUGGAUAUUGUAGCAGCGACUAUCGUUUUGCACAUCAUUCUUAUGGAUAUGAAGGACGAUACGUCUUUUGAAGAUGAAGUAGCGGAAUGGAAACGCGGUUUUUUUUAA